CCUCGAUAACGCGCCAACCUUGAUAACUUCACCACAUUUUUCCCACAUGGCCAUGUCGACGAGCUUCUCGUCGUCAGUGUCGAGCCAGACCUCACAGGGCUCCCAGUCGGCCUCGACCACUCCCUCGGGCCCACCUUCUGGAGCGCCGCGCACAAAAUCAUGGCAUGUUCCCGGCCCCUCGACGCGUUACCACAAGAGCGAACACGCCAGACCGAAACCCACGGCACGAUCCAGCACUCAGCAGCACAUCCGUAAUCAGUCUUCACUCUCAGCCCGCUCCUCGUACACGGAAGCUUCUGGCACAGCUUCACCUCUGGCGCGUCUCAAUUUCACGCGCGACUCGCCCAAGGACUAUUCCCACAACCCCAAUGACACCAUCAAGGCCCGCAACAACCCCGCUACGCCUUUGCGCUCGCCUCACCUGGCCAGCAACAACUUCAACAAUCUACGCUUCCAAGGUUCCCCGUUCUCCGACUACUUUACAGACGAUACGAGAUCCGUAGACCACAAUGCCCCUUACCACCCCUCGGACCCUGGCCAGAAGCUGGUCCUACGCCUGAACAAUCUCGGUGCCGACAUCAUGCGCCUUGGUCUUCAAGAAGAUUCCGUCUCGGAUUUUAACGAAAAGCUGUGUACUCUCGAAGCAAUGGUCAACGAUGGCGCAUUCAGCGAUGCAGGCUCUCUGACCGAAGAAAGAGACCGUCGAUAUUCGUUCCCUGGACGUCUCUCAGAGGACCACUCUCAGGGCCACGAAGCUCGCGAGCGCAAUCUUCUCUCGCCUGAACAUUCAAACAAGUCACGCUUGUCUGACGUCUGGAUGGCUGAUGCCUGCGAGUAUGCUGAUACCUUCACUCAGACCGAGGAUGAGUCUCAGCGUGGCCUAGCUAUCGCAUAUGCCACUUCAACCACUCAAACCGAAGAAGAAGCUCCCAAGGAUAUGGCCGAGUCUGCAGUUUGGGUCAACGACUACACAGAUGUCUCAACCCAGACCACCAACGACCGUCUUGUUGCUGAUCUGCAGGAGGUUGUUGAGCGUCUGGCCAAGGCAAACGACUCUCUCCGUCAUCGCUACGAUCAGAGCAAGGACGUCUGCGACACUCAGGCCGUGCAGAUUGAAGAGUUGACCACUCAAUUGAUGAUUGUCAAGUCUGAGAAUGACAGCCUCAAGCAGGACUUGGGCUUCGACCACUCAGAACUUUUGUUCCUCAAGCUGCAGCUGCAGGCUCUGGAAGUCCAAAAGGAGAACUACGAUCACAACAACCACGUCUUGCUUGCCGAAGACUUUGCCCAGUGGAAGGCAGAUUGGGACAGUGUUGAUGCUCGUCUGCGCUCAAGAAGACAAAAGAACCGCGUCACUUCAGCAGACAUCAAGGAUCUGCCCAGCCUGGAUACUGAGACCCCUGUUAACCCCGAAGAUCAAGGCAAUUGGCAGCUUGAGACUCGCAAGCACCGCCACGGACGCGUCCACUCCAUCACCCUUAAGCGUGUUGAUGAGCCAGAGGCUGAAGAAGAGGACGCUCCCCUGAUUGACUCGCACUUCGACAUUCCUGCUUCGCCUGUUGUCAAGAUUGUCUACAGCGAGCAAUCAACCCAGACCGAGGAAGCACCUUCCGAGGUUCAAAGCACCCAGACUGAGGAGCCAUCUGCCAUAACUCAAGGCACUCAGACCGAUAUCGCCCUCCCCUUCGCCAGAACCGAGAUCAAAGCACAACAUACAGAGCCUAUCGAGGCAUUUGAACCUGAAGACGAGAUCGAGGACGAGUCAGAAGAAGAGGCUGAAGACGAGAUCGAAGACGAGAAAGUCAUCAGCCAGCCUCAGUCCCCGCCUACCCAAUCACCUUGCUGCGAGAAAGAGCAUCUGUGCACAGCUUGUGGCGAUAAGAUCGACUACUCGUCUGAAGAUGAAGCAGACACCAAGACCCCAUGGCGAGAGCUUUGCGACGGCCUCGUCGCUUUCGCCGGUAUGCAACGUGAUUGAUCUAAAUCACACUUGCACAUACUUCCCCCUUCCGCGUUUUCGUUUGUUUCUUGAACACAUUGCGCUUUGAAGAUCACCAAUCUUCCACCCAUACCCCUCUCACCGCAUUAGCGUCAAUCCUGCAUUUCCGAAUCCUUUCCGCCUUUUGAAUUUUCUGCUUCUUUGCACAUUCGAAUUGUUGUUUUUUGGUUGAGCCUGCGUUGUUUCCUCCUUUUUCUCGUUUGUUUCCAUAAUGAUACCCACCCACAAUCACACACCACACACUCAUCGAACUGCUUUAUCAGAAAGACAGACAGCAGAAUUGUAUAUAGUCCAUACCGAAUCCGUUCAAUUAAUCAUCAUGCU